GGUUUCUAAUCAUCUUGUAACUGCUGCGGGGUUGGUCAUUGGUAUCUGUGUCAUUUUUCAGUACAAACCAGAAAUUCACUUUGUCGCUUCCAUUCCUACCUCGAAUUAUUUCUUGUGUGAUUUCGCAAACAAAAACUUUACAACUCGAACUUUGAUCCAUUCCAUGAACGCGACACCUCGAGAAUUAAUUUCUAUAUCUCAACUUCUCAGAGAUAUAGGAAUCCACUACAUCAAUUUUACAACCAACAAAGUGAUCUCAAUACUUCAAAGCAUUCAAACAACAAUGACUGAGAUACCCGUCCAAAAUUUCCAGCCGCAGGUGCCAGAUACUACCGCUGGACCUCACGAACAUACCUACAUUCCACGCGCUGACGGUGCCAUUAUUGUUAAUGGUGUUGUCUACGUUCGAGAAACCAAGACUCCAAUUCCAGUCGUACCUACACCUGCUAUGCCAUCCGUACAAUCUCCUAACCUCCAACAAUUUUAUGCGUUUGCUGCAGCUCAACAACAACACGUUUACCCUCAACCCGCCUUCCAACCUUACCCUUACAACCCUUAUCUUCAAUUCGCAGGCAACAAUCAGCAAGUACCUUUCGGUGCAGGCUAUGUUCCCCAACCUGCCAUGAACACCUACGGAGCUACCGGUAGUGAAAUUCAAUUGCAACAGAUGCAGAUACCAGAGGCGAGCAAGAAGCAAGAUAUGAAGCCGUCUGAUGAUGAUCCUUUUCGCAUGUAUUGGGUUCGGGAGCUCGAUGAUACCUGGACCCAGAGAAAUAGAUUGACGAUCGACAGUGGUGAUAUUGGUGAAAUCAGAUGGUAUGUGACUGAUGGUGUUUUCUACGCCGCCAGAUUGCCUGCUUAAUUUCAAGGUUGAUGGCAACAGAUGAUUCGAAGGGAGUUACCAAACGGCGAGGAAAGAUGACAAUAUUUCAUUCAUCAUUCUUCCAAAUGCUACGAAACUCA